ACUGAGAGCCACUGACAGAAUUUUGAAUUUGAUUUUACGAUUUUGAUCAUUUUAAUAAUACUCGUUUAUCCAUGUCAGAAAACAGCCAGACUCCGGAUUCAAGCGUUGAAUUCUUCACGUUAUCCGAACUGACUGAGCGCAUUCCAACAGUUUCCUUCAGGUUAGUUAGAUUUGAAAAUUUACUGCUGGUCUGCAGCGAUUCCGUUUAUUUGAUGGAAAAACUCGGUAAGGCGUUCUCUUCGAUUUCCAACGAUAUGAAGCACAAUAUCGAAGAAAUAGACAGACUGUACGAAAAUCGCAAGAUUAGUUUCAGACAAAAUUUGUUAUUGUCGACGAACCGUCUAAGGUGUAUUAACGAAGCGAACGAGGCAGUUAGGUGGUUAAGAAAUGAGUUAAAUUUUAUAUUUCACUUCUUUCGGUUCGUGAUUGAAGAUAACGCGAAUAUACGCCCUUCAAAUGAUUUGGCCCCAUUUUUGAAAAAUGCCUACGCGUUUACGCUGGAACAGCAGCACAGUUGGCUGGGUACUCAAUUAUUUAAUGUUCUAUCUCGUUUCACCCCAACAAGGCGUCAGCUACUGGCUGCUUUAAAUCCCGAUGUUACCGUUUUAUCCGAAGUAUCUACAGUAAAUGAGUUAAUAACAUAUAAUGAAAAAUUGAGGACAUUUAUCGAUAACAUUCCGUUUGAAGCUGCCGAUUUGCUUUAGAACUAUCCG